AUGGCUGAAUCUAAACCCUGUAAACCGCCUGUACUUAACGAGUUACUGAUACAGAACGUGAAUACUUGGGGCAACGUGCAAUAUAACAUACCACUACGAUUAUCAAACAAUGAGACUAGAAGCUCUACCAGUAUCGCACACCGAUACAUACCUGCCAUACCUCAUAGCUUGGACUGCAAAAUCGAUGAUCCUCUCCCGGAGCGUGUAUGCGGACGAGACAUGGUGACUGAGAAGGAAACUUAUCGUACUACCACAGGCGAGUACUGCGUUAAACCCAACCCCAAUAAGGCGAUGGAGCGGUCCGAUUGUUCUAUCAACUGCAGACGUGUUAUCUUCAUGACCGGUGUUGAGAAGCGGUUACAAGGCAAGCAGAUAAUCCAACCUACUAUGAUAUCGGAGAUGAAAGAUAAUUUCCGCGGUGUGAUGAACCAGCCUACUAUGCCUCCAGAGGUUACAGUGAAAGUUCCCGACCCUGAAUACAUAUUUGAUGUAAAAGGUUUUGGUCCGCGACAUCGAGAGAUAUGGAUGCCUCUAACAGCUAAAGUUCAUAGAGGCGUGUAUGACAGGAUACACGUCAAGAAGGAAUACAAGGAAGUAGCUGCGUGCCAUAAUCCAGUCAAUAAUAUUAAAGGGUGA